CUGUAGCAGAGGCAGCCUGAAUGCGGAAGACAAACAAGACGCUCCUUCUUCUAAAACUCAUCAAGAGCAGAGACAAGAGCCUCAGGAGAUUUUUUUAAAGACCUAAACUCAUCAUCUAAGCAACUACUAAUACAGCAGCGAUGUGGCCAAAUCAAGGUCCUACUCCUCCAAUGGGUCAACAAAACCCAGCCUUCCCCCCUGGUUACAACCCUGCAUUUCCCACUGCAUCAGGAAUGUUCCAACCGGUUCCAAAUGCUGGGUUCCCAGCAGGGCAAUACCCAGCAGGGCAAUACCCAGCAGGGCAAUUCCCAGCUCCCAUGAACCCAGCAAUGGUUCCCAAUGCACCUUCAGGCGGGAUGCCUUAUGGAGCUCCUGGAGCUCAUGCAUAUCCCAUGGCUCCUGGAGGUGUUCAUCCAGGUCAAUGCUAUCCCUCUUCCAAAGGCGACCACCACAAGGGCAAACACAAGGGCGAACACAAGGGCAAACACAAGGACCACCACAAGGAUCUCCAUCCUGGCGGGUUUUACCCAGGACCUGGAAUGGUAGUUGGAGGACAUGGACAUAAAAAGGAUAAGAAGAUGAAGAAGAUGAAGAAGGGUCACAAGCAUGGACACAAAGGUCAUGGCAAGUCAUCCAGCAGCAGCAGUAGCAGCAGCAGCAGCAGCAGUGACUCAGACUAAAUGUCCAGCUCCUUACCUCCUAAAAUUUUAGCACUUUUUUAGGAGCAAUUUUGGAAGCUCCUAAAAUUCUGCUUCUAAAAGUGAAACACAGUUCAUUAACUAAAAGGAAAUCUUAUCAUUUUACCUGUAAACCUAUCGUGUUUCAUAAUAUCCUUUUAUAGUCUUUUUAUGAGACUAAAACCGCAUGUACAAAAUUUUUUUCCUUUUAGUGUUUGACACCCUGUUACUUUUCCUCCAUGGAUUUUAAUGUUUAACAUUUUAGUUAUGGUUACUGUAUUGUUACUGC